AGGAUGUGAAAUUUUAACUAGUAAUUUUGUUUAUUUUCUCCCCCCAAUUUGGAAUUCCCAAUGCGCUCUUAAGUCCUCGUGGUGGUGUAGUGACUCACCUCAAUCCAGGUGGCAGAGGAUGAAUCUCAGUUUUGUCUGAGACCGUUAAUAUGUGCAUCUUAUCACGUGGCUUGUUGAGCACGUUAUCACGGAGACAUGGAAGCUUCCAAUGUCAACUCCCCACGUGCCCCACUGAGAGCGAGAACCACAUAAUGGCAACCACGAGGAGGUUACCCCAUGUCACUCUACCCUCCUUAGCAACUGGGACAAUUUGGUUGCUUAGGAGACCUGGCUUUAGGUACUCGGCACACCCUGGAUGCGAUCUUGCGACUCCAGGGGUGGUAGUCGGUGUAUUUACUCUGAGCUACCCAGGCCCCCACUUAGAGUAAUUGUUGUGUCAGCGCUGUUACAUUGUGGUUUGUUUGAGGCAUCAUUUGACUUGAGUCAUUUAAGAAGAAUCAAAUGACUAUUUGAUUUCAAGACUCUCUUAUAGGCUGAUUCACUGAUCACAACUUAUCAAAUUUACAGUUAGUCAUUUUAAUUUGUCUUUUGUAUUUCUUGUUUUGUUCAUUUGUGUCUUUUCCUUUAGUGUUACAGUAGAGACACUUUGGUUGGGAUGCCAGACUGUCUUAGUGAUUCAUGUGCUCAUAAAGAUGACACAUCCGUAUGACUGGAUGACCCAACUGUCAUCUUGUUUCUGUCAACAAGAACUGAAUAAAAAUCCUGUGGAAGGAUUCUCAGCCGGUUUAAUAGAUGAUAAUGACCUCUAUAGAUGGGAAGUGCUAAUAAUUGGUCCUCCUGAUACACUCUAUGAGGGUGGUGUCUUUAAAGCCCAUCUUACGUUUCCCAAAGACUAUCCUCUCAGACCUCCUAAAAUGAAGUUCAUAACGGAAAUAUGGCAUCCAAACGUCGACAAGAAUGGUGAUGUUUGUAUUUCAAUAUUACAUGAACCAGGGGAAGAUAAAUAUGGCUAUGAGAAACCAGAGGAGCGCUGGCUCCCCAUCCACACUGUAGAGACCAUCAUGAUUAGUGUCAUCUCUAUGCUAGCUGACCCCAAUGGAGAUUCCCCUGCCAAUGUUGAUGCAGCAAAGGAGUGGAGGGAAGACAGACAUGGUGAAUUCAAAAGAAAAGUUGCACGCUGUGUAAGAAAGAGUCAAGAGACUGCCUUUGAGUGAUAUUCAUCCAGCAGCUUGUAGCUUCUAUUUUCAGGGUCUCCAGUUGAGAAACAACAUGGCACUGUUUUCUUGCACUCUACCACCCUAUUGCUGGACUGGUUUUCAUUGAAUGUUGGCAGUAACAUGCUGGCAUUAAUAGGCUGCAAUAGAACAUAAGGCCAUCACAGAUGCUGACAGAACACGCCAAGCAAGUGCCAACAAAAAAAGAGAAGAAAAAAAACUUACAAAUUAUUAUGCUUUUCUCCUUUUUUUUUUUUCCAAGUCUAUGAACUGAUACAACUUUCAGGAAUUAAUUGUAAAGACCUGUACAUAGCACAGACAUAAAAACCGGAUAAUAUAUAAUUACUGUUCCUUUCCAUCCAGCGAGACUUCGUACCAAAUAAAUUAGCAGUUCUGUUGUUGGAGUGUGACAUCCUGUAAAGUUCUUGAGGACUAUAGUUCAUCUUCCACCCUCUUGCUGCCUCACAUCUACUAGUGUGCAUCAGAUCUGUUACAGGUGUGAGUGGUCUUGCAUACUUGCCUGUCAGUUUGAACAAGUGAAGUCUGCUUUGAUAUUUCUCACUCAAACUUAAUCUGGUAUUUGGAUGGGGAAGUCAGAGGUAAUCUAUUAUUUAAAUUAAUCAAGCAUGCUUGCCAUUCUGGACAGCUCUCACUCGGGACACUUCAGGUAAAAUGAAUGGCUGUAAAGCAUGGUCAUUUUCUAAUUGAUUAGGGGGUCAUGAUGGUGUUUCUCUGGUUUGGAUUUUAAAUGGGGUGGGAGGGGAAUGCUUUGGCUGAAAGAUAGCUCUAUUAUAGAGGAUGACUGCAUUCUGAGUGUCAGGUUCUAAUCUUUUCCCCAUGUUUCUUUUGGAGCUAUGGCAAGGAAACCCAUCAGAUGUGAUUAUUAUAAUUGUUUUAUUUCUUUUAUUUUAUUUUAUUUUUUUUGCAUGUUUUAAGUUCUCUUUUGUUUUCAAAAGUGCCUCCAAGUUAAAUAGCUUGGCUUGUUACAUGCCCUGCAUCAAACAGGAGCUAACGGGAGGGUCAUGUUGACAUGAGAACUUCUCAACAUCCUCUCAAGCUUGUGUGAAUUAAUUCUUGUUCCAGCAUUAUUAAUUGUUAUUUUGGUGUAGCAAUAACCCUGUUUUGCCCACUCGUGUGUGGACAUGUUAAAAUAUGAUUCUCAAAUAAGAUUUCAGGUAAGGAUCUUGCAAAGAUUUCUCCCUCUCAUCAGACCUGACUAUUUCUGUUUUUGUUUUUUAGAGCUUUGUGUGUGUGUGUGUGUGUGUGCGUGUGUGCGUGUGUGUGUGUGUCUUUGAUAGGUUUCUUAGCCAUGCUUUAAAUGUAGGUUUCUCACAAAUAGUUUAGUGUGUGUGUUCAUGCCUGUAUCCUACACACACUCUUCUCCCACAAUCCUUAAUUCUCUGGUUAAUUUUAUUCUGGCUCUGAAAGACUACUGCAGUUCUUUUGCCUAAUGUACAAAGACAAAAUACCAAUGUAUAUUUUUCAUGUUAUGGAAAUUGUCACCUCUUGUGAGUUCUUCUAAAAUAUAAUUUUUUUUCAAAUACUUGUCUGAUCAUGCUGUCUGUGUUCAAUUCAAUCCUCUUAAAGGGGUAGUUAACCCAAAAAUGUAAUUCAUCAUUUAUUCUCCCUCAUGCCAUCACAGAUGUGUAUGACACACUUUCUUCUGCAGAACACAAAUGAAGAUUUUUUUAUUUUAAGACUAUCUCUGCUCUGUAUGCUAUAAAUAAAGCAAGUGAAUAGCAUCUCCAAAAAGUAAC